UCAUAUUCGUUUCUGGUGCUCACAGCGGCUCGCACAGUAACGCAAGUCAGUCGAUAUUCGAGCUUUGUUCGUACAACACAAAUUACUAUAUUUAAAAAUCCAAGUUUAACAAGCUAAAAAGGCAAGAAACAUGAGGGAAAUCGUGCACAUUCAAGCUGGCCAGUGCGGCAACCAAAUUGGAGCUAAGUUUUGGGAGAUAAUCAGCGACGAGCACGGCAUCGACCCGACCGGUGCGUACCACGGAGACUCGGAUCUGCAAUUGGAGCGUAUAAACGUGUACUACAAUGAGGCAUCCGGCGGUAAAUACGUACCCCGAGCGAUAUUGGUCGAUCUGGAGCCGGGAACGAUGGAUUCGGUGCGAUCGGGCCCGUUCGGUCAGAUUUUCCGACCGGACAAUUUCGUAUUUGGUCAAUCGGGAGCAGGAAACAAUUGGGCAAAGGGUCAUUACACGGAAGGUGCCGAGCUCGUUGAUUCGGUGCUGGAUGUCGUACGCAAGGAAGCCGAGAGCUGCGACUGUCUUCAGGGAUUCCAAUUGACCCAUUCGUUGGGAGGUGGUACCGGAUCGGGAAUGGGAACGUUGCUAAUUUCGAAAAUCCGUGAGGAAUAUCCCGACAGAAUAAUGAACACGUAUUCGGUAGUACCCUCGCCCAAAGUAUCCGACACGGUAGUCGAGCCGUACAACGCGACCUUGUCCGUUCACCAGUUGGUGGAGAACACCGACGAGACGUACUGCAUCGACAACGAAGCAUUGUACGACAUCUGUUUCCGUACGCUCAAACUCUCGACUCCGACCUACGGAGAUCUCAAUCAUUUGGUAUCCUUGACCAUGUCCGGAGUGACAACUUGUUUGAGAUUCCCGGGUCAACUGAAUGCCGAUCUCCGUAAACUCGCUGUGAACAUGGUACCCUUCCCGCGUCUUCAUUUCUUCAUGCCCGGUUUCGCGCCUCUUACAUCCCGCGGAAGCCAACAAUACAGAGCCCUCUCAGUACCCGAGCUCACUCAACAAAUGUUCGACGCUAAGAACAUGAUGGCCGCGUGUGAUCCUCGUCACGGCCGUUAUUUGACCGUAGCCGCUAUUUUCCGUGGCCGCAUGUCCAUGAAAGAGGUCGACGAGCAAAUGCUCAACAUUCAGAACAAAAAUUCAUCGUACUUCGUCGAAUGGAUUCCCAACAACGUUAAAACCGCCGUCUGCGAUAUUCCACCCCGUGGACUCAAAAUGUCCGCCACUUUCAUCGGCAAUUCAACCGCCAUUCAGGAACUCUUCAAACGUAUCUCCGAACAGUUCACCGCUAUGUUCAGGCGAAAGGCUUUCUUGCAUUGGUAUACGGGCGAGGGUAUGGACGAGAUGGAAUUCACCGAAGCCGAAUCCAACAUGAACGAUCUCGUUUCCGAGUACCAACAGUACCAGGAAGCUACCGCCGACGAGGACGCCGAGUUCGACGAGGAACAGGAGGGUGAGGUCGAGGAGGUUUAAGCGCAACUCCUGUCAUCGCCGCUGCCGCCGCCGCCACCGCCUCACCGCGAAAUUCGAAUCCUGAUCAAAAAAAAUAUCGCCCCUCCCCCUCCGCCCCUUCCCUUUUACAUUCCUAUCAGUAAUAAUACGUCACAGAAUGAAUAAAAAUACAUUCGACUCGAGGAAGUAAGACUUUUCUUUGACAUCGCGCGUUACUCGCGUCACGACGACCACACGUUAUUACGUUUUGGAACAUACUCCUGCCACUUGCGCUGCGCUUUAUUAUUUCUCGUAGUUUUUUUACUUUGCCUUUUCUUUUUUGUUUUUUUUUUACCAUUUUUUUUACGAUUUUCCUUCAAAGGGACACACUAAUUUCUAUUUUCCAACGGCGGCAAGCGCUCUCAAUUUCUCUAAUUUCUCUCGCCCCAUCUGUCUUUCUCACUUUGUUCAAUGCCUCAUUUGUGUCAGUAAUUUCAACUUUUUCCCUUGGUUGAUUAUCUCAUUGCAACUUUUCUCUUUAUUCGAUCAGUUUCGUUCAUUAUCCCUGUACGAGAGCCCAGUCGAGCGCGAUUUAAGGCCGUGAUUUAUUAUUUCUACAAUUAUUAUUAUUUUAUACAGUGUAAACCGCUGUUGCGGCUUGACGACGUCAAUCUCUUUAUUAAAUUAUUAUCGAAUAAAGCGUUGCAUUGUGUAUCACUUA